CAGGGGUGCGCUUUGAGCCGGAAUGGGAGACUGGAAAAGCUAUAUCAGUGCGGUGCUGCGGGACCAGCGCAUUGACGACGUGGCCAUCGUGGGUCACUCGGACAAUCGCUGCGUGUGGGCAUCGCGCCCCGGAGGCCUUCUGGCUGCCAUAUCACCGCAAGAGGUGGGUGUGCUCACAGGUCCUGACCGGUGCACCUUCCUGCAGUCAGGCCUGAGCGUGGCAGGCCGCCGCUGCUGCGUCAUCCGCGACCACUUGCUAUCUGAGGGCGAUGGAGUUCUGGACGCACGCACUAAAGGGCUGGAUGGGCGCGCGGUCUGCGUGGGCCACACCCCGCGUGUGCUCCUCGUGCUCAUGGGCCGGCGCGGCGUGCACGGGGGCAUCCUCAACAAGACAGUGCAUAAACUGAUCAAGGGGCUACGCAUGCAGGGCACCUAGCAGGACAGCUAGGGUGCCGUGCAGCUGGGCCAAAAUAAACUGCUGGGCGUGGCUGCUUCAUCCUAUGUUUGCGAGCAGGGCAGUUGCAGAUGACAAAACCAGUUUCCCUGGAAGAUUCUUGCGGGGGGGGGGAUGGUACCUGAUGGGGCUGGGAUUCUGAGUCCAGAGGCUUCCCAGCCUCCUGUACCCUAGACAUGGCCCUCUUAUCCAUGAGUGCCCUGCAGAGGCCUCUGGCCUGGCUUCCCAGAGUCCUUUCCCAAAAAACUUUGCACACCUCUGUGCAAGACACACUAUAAAGGGAGCCCCUCCCACAUCCCUCCCCAGGUGCACCCCAGGUAGGCCCUAUGGGAUCAGGGAGUCAGGCUGGAGGCCGGUGUACUUCUCACCCCCUCCACUUGGCAGGAGGAAGCCUUUGGAAGUGUUGUGAGUGGGUGGUGGAGUAGGGCCGGUAGCUGGAGAGCAGCUCUGGGGCUCCCAGUUUCUUGCAUCUCCUCUCACAUACCCCAGAGGGAGUGGAAGGAGAGCACAUGUCCAAGACCAUCACAAUGAGGUCUGGGGCCCUAGGGCCUUCCUCCCCCCUUGGAGAAAGAAGAACUUAGGUAUCGCCCACCCCUUGACCCUCACUCUGCAGGCCUCAGCUCCAGGGGCCCUGUGGAAAGGGAGGAAUUGAAAAUCUUGGAUGGGUUUAAGUGAGGCUCGGUUUAUUGCCCAAAGGUAAAGGACAAAGGUGGGAGGGAGGGUGGCUGGUCGCUGCCCAAUAUGUGCUGGGGCCCAGGGUAUGGCCUCUCUUGCCCAUUUUCACCUUCCCUGCCCCACCUCAGUGUCUCCUGACAAGCCCCCACCUGUCACUAGUUUUCUGGAACACUAAUCUUAUCCCAGAAAGGGGAGGGGAGUCCAGAGGCAGGGAGAGACUAGAGGAAGUCAGCUGGAUGGGGUGGGUGGGGAUGGCGCAGAGAACCCUCCUUAUACUUGCCUUGGGGUGGUCCCAGGCCCUACGAGGGACUCCCAGGAAGUCUGAAUCAGGGGUUGGACUCAUUAAGGCAGGGUUAGGUGGAUUGUUGGGGUUAGCUUGCAGGAAAUAGCGCUGCUGAACCCCAAGCCAUGGUCUACCACCCUCCCCAGAUGGAGGGCACACAGACUUGUAAAUGCAAAAUGAGAAUUUAA